CUUCAACUUCAAUCUUAGCCACAAUUCAAAUAUUCAGAACUCGGAUGGCCCACUAGUACGCAUGCGAGCCGCUCCUCUUAACCUACUACGAUAUAUAGUUAUCGCCGGUAUAGUUCCUUCAGUUCCCUUCAACUCAUAUAUAGCGGAACUAGCUGGAUCUGAUACUUGCGCUGGCAAAGCCAGAAUUCGGGCCAUUAACACCUGUCAACACAGAAAAAUACUUGUACGCUCAUCAAUUUGAAGGCCUGUUACGAUGAUUCUUCCCAUAUGGAAGGGAUAGUACGCCGUCAGCUGCCUUGUUGACCUAAUCUUCCAAGAAAUAGGCACGAGAUGUGCAGUGCCUGUCGCGAUUGAUAUCAAUACCCUUCCUCGACAUCCACUCAUUCUCAACUCGACUUUGUUUGCAUAUACAGUCCUUUUCCAGGCUUAACCUUAUGGUUCGAAAAUUAUCAUUUGGGCGUGUCUUCUCGAGAUCGAGGGAUACCGACCAACCUCCAACACCCCCUCAUAAGUCACCACCACUUUCUCCGAUCAGCAUUGCCUUGCCUCUCUCCAAAGGCAGCAAGUUCAAGGAGGAAGCUGUUUCUGCCAUCUUCACAACUACCGCCCCUACAGAGAGUGUUUCAGGCUCAGUCAAGUCGCAUGCCACCUCAAAGCUUCAGAAACGGCCUCACAGGGUUAUCCCAACUGCAUCCCCUACAUCCCCCAUGUCUCUACAUGAAUUCUCCCCGAUAUCUUCCACGGCUAGUUCAGCAGCUUCAUUCGAGUUUCUGUCCCCACUCUCCACGAUUCAACAACGUCUUCCUUCUGGCGUGACUUCAUUCUGCCCAGCCACGCAUCCUGCCGAGUCUUUUACAGAAGACUACCGUCUUCAGAUCCCACUCCACCAAAAUCCCUACCUCACCGUCCUCGAAAAGAUUUCCCCUGAACAAUUUAUGCGUUGCCUUCACCUCCUUCGCACGUCCCUUCCCACUAACCUCGAUGCGGUGCGUGAUAUAAUGCCAAAGCCCAACGGAUUCGUGCACACCGUGCUUGAGGCGUACAAUAAUCAUCGUGCGCUCAUCCUCCGCCCGGACGACGUUUGGACUGCGAUCCUCAUACAAUUCAGUUUCUUCGUGAACGCAAAUGCAGAGCAACUCCGUGCGCACUUCGCAGUUCACGAUGGUUUGGAGGAGCUUGUCAUCAUUGGCGAUGGAAAUCGUCACACGGCAGAUUCUGCACUCAUGGCGCGCCAGAUGUUGGAGCUUAUGCACACGCGCGUAGUGGAUCCGAUGUUGAGGGACUGGAUUAUGCCUGAAUUUUCAACGACGACGGAUGUAGACCGGACAGUGUAUGCGAUGUCGAUGUUAGGGACGAUGAAAGAAUAUUUUCGUUGCAAGUUUGUACUACGCUGUGGGAUACCACUUGUGACCCUCCUCGGAGAGAGACAUGACUGGGAGGCAAUUCUUGGACGGCUAGAGCGAUUGAAACUGUACAGCAUAGAAACGAUAGCAUGGUAUCACCUUCUGCGCCCCAUCAUCUCUCGAUUCAUAGCCGCCUUCGAGGCACCGUCCAGCCCUGAAAACCUCGAUUUCUGGUCCAAAGUCGCGCACUACGAGGGAGGCGGGAGCGGGCCCACCUACCUCUCAGGUUGGGUCACCGCAUUUUGCGUAUUUAACGAGCAAGGCAUAUGGCAGGGUCCCCCGCUAAACGCUGAGCGCAUGCGGGAAGACUCGCCAAAGAAACUGCUUCGUCCUGUGGAUCCUCGGGUGCUGAGUUCAGCCCAGUUUGCUGCGGUGUACACUUUUCGCGGAGCGUGGCGUCCUUUCCUGGUGCUUGACGGGAUGCCGUAUCCAAUGAUCGAUGAUGAAUGCGUACCGUGCGGAUACGCUCAUCUCGACGUCAAGCUGGAUGAUAAUGGACAGUUGUUCAAUACGGUCAUUGUUGCUGGCACAGUUGGUGCACAGAUCUGUUCAAAUGAUAAAUCGGAGCUGUUUAAGAAUGGGAUGCGGGACAGCGUAAGGCCAGUGGUGGGAUAUUGGUAUUUUAUCACCGGGGCAUGGUGAUUAUAGUGUGGUCCUGAAAAUGCGCCAUACGAGAGAUGUAUCUUAUCUUACGUGGAUGUCGAUUAUGCUCACUUGUCAUAUAGGCACAUUGAGCUAAUCCUCCUGCGUCAGAGUCUGGCACGCUCACAAACAACAUUUGGUUCACGCAAGGAUGGACCGUUCAGGAGUUUCUCGCUCCUAAAAUUGUACUCUUCUACCAGGCAGACUAGACCCUAUAUCUUGACUGCCGCUU